AUGGCUUUACAACUACCCUCUCAUCAUCAGGCACUGGUCCUGUCUGAAAUCGGGGCCCCUCUGACAGUGCAGACCUUGCCAGUCCCUCGCGCCACACCGGGCAGCGUCGUCGUCCGUAUUCUCGCAGCCUCAGUCAGAGCGAAUUCCCCAGAAGUCUACCGAGAUCCUCAAAGUGGACAUCCGCUGCCCCUACCACUGGUGCCUGGGUUUGUCGCCAUCGGCAGGGUUGCCGAGACGGGGUCUGAUGCGACCGUCUUGAAGCGUGACCAGCUGGUCUUGUUUGACCCUUACAUCCUGGCGCGAGACAGCCAGGACGCGAAGUACAUCAGCGGCCUCAUGAUGGGGUUUGAUGAAGUCUCCGCCAAGUUUUCAGAAGAGUGGCGCCACUCGACCUAUGCUCAAUACGCGAAAUUGCCACUGGAAAACUGCCACGCUCUCAACGAGGAACGACUCUUUGGGGCGCCAGAGAAUGGCGGUCUGGGGUACACACUCGAAGACUUGACCCAUCUCUUCAGCAUGUUUAUUCCAUUUGGCGGGCUUGCGGAUAUUGAUGUCAAAGCUGGCGAUGUCGUGAUCGUCGCUCCUGCCACAGGAAGAUAUGGGAGCGCCGCUGUUCACUUGGCCCUCGCGAUGGGAGCAAGAGUCAUCGCCAUCGGCAGGAACACCGCUGUGCUUGCCACUCUCGAAUCGAUCAGCCAACGCGUUAGCACUGUGGCACUGACCGGAGAUGUCGAGAGAGACACGGCGAGCAUACGGUCGGCAGCGAGCGGGGGCGCAGACGCCUUCUGGGAUAUGUCACCUCCUGCCGCCGGAAACUCGACGCAUUUCAGAGCCAGCCUGAAUGCCCUCCGGCAAGGUGCAAGAGUGAGCCUUGUCGGCAAAGUGUUAUCCGGAGUCAGCUUUAGUUAUCUCGAUAUUAUUGGCAAGGCAUUGAGCAUCAAGGGAACUUGGAUGUGUACGAGAGAUCAGGCUACGAGGUUGAUCAGAAUGGUGGAAACUGGGACUCUACCUCUGGGGGAGAGAGCAGGUAUGGGGCCUGUACGUUCUUUCAAGCUUGAGGACGCCGAGGGAGCACUAGACGCCGCGGAUGCGUCAAGAGAACCUGGCGAGGUUGUUAUUACUCCUUAG